AGGUCUGGCAACUGUGCAGCUAGGGAUUCUCGUGCUGUUCAGACUUCUCUUUGCAGUCCGCCAGCUCUCCCUAACUUAUGUGCUCACGGUUAAAGGCUGUUCGAACAGCAAAAUUUAUAUCCAGAUUCAUCGGGGCGUCAAAGCACAGGGCCCCAGGAAAGCAUGGAGGCCACGUACGGGAUAGGAAUUACCAACAGGUAUGCGUUAUUUCUUGAAGAGGGUGAAGAUCCUCUUGAAGUCAUCAAAGAAAAGACUAAGAAACCGGCAGAGAAAUCUGCCGAUGCCGCAACCAAGUCUGGAAGCGUGAAGCCGGUUGAAGUCAAAGGCAAAGCCGGUGGAGCCCCCACUCAACCAGCGGCCGUUAAGAAGACAGCCGUUCUCAAGGAAACGCAAGCCAACGUUAUCAAGCCCGCUGAACAAAACAAGCCCCGUGAAGAUGGAUAUCGAUCUGGCCUUGGUCCUAGACCACCAAGGGGUGACAGGGGAGGUCGCUUCCCCAACAGUGCUCCCCGAGAGGAAAGGAACAACAGGAGGAAUGAAGACCGUCCAAGGGAAUUUGGAUCCGUGACUAACACGGAGGGUGGAUCUCCUGGCACUGGAGGAGCCGAUGGCGAGUACCGUCCUCGCUCGGCUUUCCGUGGCGAACGCGGAUCGUUCCGUGGUGGUGACCGGGGUGGCCGUGGACGCGGACGUGGUCGCGGUGGUAUGCAAGACCAACGAGGCAAACGUGAUUUCGACCGCCAAUCAGGUUCUGACAAGAGUGGCGUUAAACCGAUCGAGAAACGUGAAGGCAGCGGUCCGCACAACUGGGGGAGCGUCCAAGACGAGAUCGAAGGCCAGCUUGAGCCGACUGUCGCUGAAGAAGUCGUGGAGGGAGAAGCUGAAGUCGUUGCUGCUCCUGGUGAAACUACUGAAGUCAAGGAGGGUGAAGAGACUGCCCCAGUGGCACCUGAAGAUGAAGAGCCCAAGGAGUUGACACUUGACGAAUGGAGAGCACUACGGGGUGAACGCAAGAAGCCCGAGUUUAACAUUCGCAAGCCCGGAGAAGGUGAAGACAACUCUCAAUGGAAAAAGACCUUUGUCCUCGACAAGAAGCAGCACGACGAUGAAGAUGAGGAAGAAAUCAUCGACUUGACUGCCGAGUAUCCUCAACGCGCUGGACGUCAAAAGCGUUUGGACAUUGACAUCCGUUUCUCCGACUCUCGCCGUGGAAGUGACCGUGGUGGUCGCGGACGCGGAAGGGGCCGUGGCGAAGGAGGCUUCCGCGGUGACCGUGAAGGCGGUGAUCGUGGAGGCUACCGCGGAGAUCGCGAAGGAGGAGAGCAACGUGAAGGCGGCGGCUAUCGUGGAGGAUACCGUGGCGAUCGCGAAGGCGGUGAACAACGCGAAGGUGGAAACUACCGCGGUGGAUACCGUGGCGAUCGUGAAGGCGGAGAGCAACGCGAAGGUGGAAACUUCCGUGGAGGAUACCGUGGCGAUCGCGAAGGCGGUGAACCACGUGAGGGCGGAUACCGCGGAGGUUAUCGUGGAGGCUACCGCGGGGAUCGCGAAGGUGGCGAACAGCGUGAGGGCGGAUACCGUGGUGGAUACCGCGGCGGCGAUCGCGAAGGAGGCGAACGUGGUACUUAUCGUGGCGGAUACCGCGGAGGACGGGGCUCCCGUGGUGGAGCCGGCGGUAACCGUGGACCGCCCAUGCCCGUCGCUCCUAAAGUCGACGACGAGAAGGAUUUCCCGGCCUUGGGUUAAAUCCUCGCAGGGUUGAUAGGUGUGCCCUAAAAAUCACCUCUUCGAACACAUAUGAGAAGGCCUCCUCCACCAGCUCGACCAGGCUCCCCACCACUACUCACCUCUAAAUUUUUUUUUUUCUUUUCUUGAAAAAAGAAGCCAAUACCACCACGUCCUCGUUAAUCCAAGGAUGGAUAGUUUUUCAAAUGACGUAGCUCCAACAAAUUUUUUGUCCAUCUUUCUCUUUCGUGUGCGUGUUCGUCGUGUAUUACAUUUACAUCCUCGCAUCCGAUCUCCCCCCACCUCAUCUCCCUCCAAGUGUCAACAUCGUGCCAGAUGUUGAGUAAUCAAAGUUGAAGCAGAUCUUGAAAUACCCGUCCCCACCUGCAUUAUAAAAAAAAUCAUCUAGCUCAACGAAAGCUGAAAGUACAUAAAAAUUUCCUAAUCGAAUCUACCUAGUAGGAAGAAAAAAAACGAAAAAAAAAAAAAAUUUAGAAGUACCCCAUGAUUAAAACUUUACGGGUUUUUCGCUCGCCUCAACUUGGUUGGAAGUCUUUUUGUCAAUCUCGCCAAACAUUUCCCUUCCCUAAUCCUUCCCCUCCCAUCCCAUAAUCCCAGUCUGGACUGUUUGAAGUAUUUUGAGGACGUGAAAAAAUAUGGUGUGAUGUUUAUCAAUUUUUUCCUUUCUUCCCCGACAGUUAAGAGUUGGAAAUUCUCGGAGCCCGUUCAUUGAAGUAGUCAAAAACAAACAAAAAAAAAAGCUGUGUGAAAAUGGUGGGUGUGUGGUUAUGACUUGGUUUCUCCAUUUUUUUUUUCCUUUUUUUUUUUUCUAGGAGGAGGCGUGACCUCUUUUGUGUAGACAUGUGACAGAUGACGAUCCGUUUCAGAAAAAAUAAAAAAAACGCCAUUUCGCGCUAAAUGGAAAAGAAAAAAACA